CAAACUAAAUAAUAGUGUUCUUUUAGUCCUCAUUCCCACCUUCCUCUCAUCUUUGCUUUAGUUAUACUUCAAUUUCUGGGUAAUUGGAUCAUCAUUUUGUGUCUUCUGCUUAAUCUUCAACAUAUCUGUGAGACUGUGACUGUACCCAUUUCAGGAAAGGUUGGAAUGGAAACUGGGUCGAGUUCAGAUUCGGUAGAUAAUGUGGAGGGACAAAGCGGAAAGAGGAGCAGGGUUGGUUCUAUGCUACCCAAGAUUGAGCCAUUUGUGCCGAGGAAAGAUCACAGUCCGAAUGAACUGAGAUCUUGGGCCAGAAAAACUGGGUUCGUUUCUGUUUACUCUGCAGAAAUCGGUACUAGUUCGAGUAACAAAUUUGAUAGUUAUGAGCUUGAUAGGGAGAGGGGUGGUUAUGAUAGGAAAGGAGGUGGAUCGUCGCCGAAGAUUGAGAUUGACCCGGUUCUGGGCCGAACUAGACCCAGUAGAGGAACGGAAAUUGAACAGGAGUUGGGUUCUGGGUCUGAGCGGGGGCAUGAUUUGAGGAGGGAUGAGGGUGAUGAGGUUUUCUGGAAUCAGAAGAGGAAAGUUGGGGAUGAGAAUGUUCCGGGAGAUAAAGUUGAUGAGAAGAAAGUUGGAAUAAAUGAGAAUGUUAAGGGAAUAGAAAAUGAGGAGGGAAUUACGAAUGGGAUUGGAAAUGGAAACGUGAAUGGGAAUGGCAAUGGAAUGCCAGCCACAAUGCCGACUGUUGAACAGAAAAAUGAGGAUGGGAAGGCUGGAAGGGAUGUGGAAAGCGGAAUGUAUCCAGGAGGAGAAGAACCUGCUCAUGGGGGUUGGACUGGACAGCCAGGAAUGAGGAUUGGGCUGAGAGAUAAUCCAGGUUUUGCACCACUUUUGUAUUAUGGCCUGCAGCAAUUUUUGUCACUGACUGGAUCACUUGUAUUCAUACCCUUGAUAAUGGUCCCAGCCAUGGGUGGAACAGACAAAGACACUGCCACAGUGGUUUCUACAGUGCUGCUAGUUUCUGGGAUUACUACAAUACUGCACUCUUACUUUGGAACUCGGCUUCCAUUAGUUCAAGGAAGCUCAUUUGUAUACUUGGCACCAGCAUUAGUUAUUACGAAUGCCCGGGAGUAUAGGAAUCUCACAGAACAUAAAUUUAGGCACAUAAUGAGGGAACUGCAAGGAGCUAUUAUCGUUGCUUCUAUAUUUCAAAGCAUCUUGGGUUUCAGUGGUCUGAUGUCUCUAUUGGUGAGAUUAAUUAAUCCAGUUGUCGUUGCACCAACUGUUGCUGCAGUAGGUUUAGCAUUCUUUAGUUAUGGUUUUCCACAAGCUGGCAGUUGUGUUGAAAUCACUAUUCCACUGAUAGUGUUGGUUCUGAUAUUUACCCUGUAUCUUCGAGGAAUAUCCGUUUUUGGGCAUCGGCUAUUUCGAAUAUAUGCAGUUCCCCUGAGUGUCAUGAUUACAUGGACAUAUGCAUUCUUUUUGACAGCUGGUGGUGCAUAUAAUUACAAAGGUUGCAGCCCUAACAUUCCCAGUUCAAACAUUUUAGUUGAUGAAUGUAGAAAACAUGCAUAUACCAUGCAGCACUGCAGGACUGAUGUUUCAAAUGCAUGGAGAACUGCUGCAUGGGUCAGAAUUCCAUACCCAUUACAGUGGGGUGUACCUAUCUUCCAUUUAAGGACGUCCAUGAUCCUGAUUAUUGUGUCACUAGUUGCAUCAGUGGAUUCGGUUGGAACAUAUCACUCCACGUCCAUGCUGGUCAAUUCAAAGCCUCCAACUCGUGGAAUUGUCAGCAGAGGAAUUGCAGUGGAAGGUUUAUGUAGCCUGUUGGCUGGGCUUUGGGGUUCAGGCACUGGUGCAACAACCUUGACAGAAAAUGUGCAUACCAUCAACAUAACAAAGGUAGCAAGCCGAAGAGCAGUGGUUUUUGGAGCACUUUUCUUGAUCCUUUGCUCAUUUGUAGGAAAAGUGGGUGCCAUCCUUGCUUCAAUACCACAGGCCUUGGCAGUUUCCAUAUUGUGCUUCAUGUGGGCUCUCAUCGUGGCUUUAGGUCUCACAAAUUUGCAAUAUGGUCAAGCAGCAAAUUUUCGAAAUGUAAUCAUAGUUGGGGUUUCGUUGUUUCUUGGGCUGUCUAUCCCUGCCUAUUUCCAACAGUACCAACCUGUCUCUGGUUUGAUGCUGCCCAGUUAUCUUGUUCCUUAUGCAGCUGCAUCUGAUGGACCUGUCCAUACAGGCAGUCAAGAACUUGAUUUCACGAUAAAUGCGCUCAUGUCAUUGAACAUGGUAGUUACUCUGUUGAUAGCAUUUGCACUGGACAACACCGUCCCAGGCAACAGGCAAGAACGAGGAGUGUACAUGUGGUCACGUGCUGAAGACAUGGCUGCUGAUCCAUCUUUGCAGGCAGAUUACUCCCUGCCCAGGAAAGUUUCCUGGUGUUUUUGUCGGGCAAGAUGUUUCGGCACAAGCGGUUAGGAGUUUGGAGUAGUUAUCUUUCUCAUGCUUCAAGUUUGUGUUGAAGGCUACUUCCAAGGUUUGACAGAAGGGUGAGCCUGGAUACAGUACAGGUCAGUUAUAGUUAAAUACAAAUUAAUUCUUUUACAACACGAAGUUCUUACACUACAGUUGGAAAUACCUAUAUACCAUCUUUGUUACCGAGCUUGAGUGUGGUUGAUUCAGAUUCAUACAUGUGUAAAACUUAGGUGCUUGGAUUGUAAUUGGAAGGCAUUGUAUUUGCAUUGUAUUUGAGAUUGUGAACACUUUUUCUUUUGAAGAUGAAGGAGGAGAAGCAAAUGAGCUUGAAGAUGAUUAAAGUCUUGUUUAAUUAAUAUAAAAAAAUUGUUAUACAAUCUAAAUUACACAAUAUUUAUCAUUGGAUGAGGGUGGAUGCCUUGAUAUUAGAGACCGUCCCCAAUCCAAUGGCCCUUCAGUGCAAAUUGAACUGCAAAAUGAGAAACUUUUGAUUAAUAUUUGUAAAGCCAAAACACAACCUGGGAGGUUCUAUCUGGAAAAUGGGGCGGAGGAAAUAUCUUGGUGCCUCAUAGGGAUCAUCUGUGUUAACCACACAGCAAACGCUUAUGAUCCUUAUCUUGCCAUUGCAUUGCCAGCCUUCUUUCUUCCUCACCCACGUUUGCCAUCUGCAACUCUGAAUUAGGCUCACAAAUUUCAAAAUUUUGGCAAUAUUAAGGAUACCAGUUUUUAAAUAAUGGAAUGGAAUGACU